AUGGCGUCAGAAUCGAGAGCGAUCGGCGAGCCGGUAUGGGCCCGCAUGAAGGGCUACAAACCUUGGCCGGGGAAGAUUGCCGCCCCGACAAAGGGACUGAAAGACCCUCCCAAGACGAAAAAACAUUUUUGCGUCUUCUUCUUCGGGACUUUCAACUACUCAUGGAUACCGGAGGACUGUAUAAGCCAGUAUGGCGUCAAAGCAGAAGAAGACGAAAAACUCGUCAAGACUGGACCGAAAGGCGUGAAGUUCAAGGAGGCUGUCGAUCAGAUCGCCUCGUAUUUCGCCGACUGGAGCGACGCAGGGAAAAGUGACAUCCGACUUCCUGAAGAAUCGCCUGCUGACGGCGAGGAGAAAGACGACGAUAGCAAGGACGACGGAUCCUCGGUGGUUGGGUCCGAAGAGCUCAAUACAAGCGAGACGAAAGAACCCAAAAAGAGGAAGUCGGGUUCGUCCACGGGACCCGCUCUGAAAAUCACACCGGCCAAGCGCGGUAGACCCUCUAAGAGGGAGUCAAUCGAUGACGAGAUCGCAGAAAUCGUCGAAAGAACCAAUGAAAUAAAGGAGAAGGAGCAACAGGAAAACCUCAGGGUGCCUCCGGUGAUUUUGAAGAAACGGAAGAGCGAGAACGGUUCCAUUCUUAAAUCUCCCGCUCCCGUUAUCGUCCCGAAGGCGCCACCGAAUAAACCCACAGAAUAUGUCCCCCGGCCUCCGACUCCGCCUCUCGAUGUCAAUGAGGUCAGCGACGUGUUGAAGUCGAAGAAAGUGGCUGCGAGCCAAUUGAAAAUCGGUGUUCUCGGACUCGGCAACAUCGGACAGGGUGUUGUCAAGAAUCUGUUGAAGAGCGGUCACUCGGUCAUGGUCUACAAUAGGACUUACAGCAAGACGAAAGAAUUCGUCAAAGCUGGAGCGAGUAAAGCGACCACGCCCUCGGACGUCGUCCAAGCCUGUGACAUUGUGUUCUGUUGCGUCGCCACUCCUGAAGCGUCUAAAGAAGUUGUAUUUGGGCAGUGGGGAGUCCUAAUGGGAAUGAAGCAAGGCAAGGGUUACGUCGAGAUGAGCACGAUCGAUCCUGACACGUCGAGAGAUAUCAACGACGCGAUCACUCAGAAAGGAGGGAGAUAUCUAGAAGCGCCCGUGUGUGGUUCACGUUCUCUAGCGGACAAGGGCGAAUUAGUUAUAAACGCUUGUGGGGAAAAAUCCCUAUUCGACCAAUGCGAGUCGGCUUUCACAUCCUUCGGUCGACUCUGCAUGUAUCUUGGCGAAAAUGUUGGCAACGCUUCGAAGAUGAAUUUGUUUAUGUCGAUGCUGUCCGGCUCGAUGACGGUGGCGCUCGCCGAAGCGAUGGCGUUGGUUGACGCCUCCGAAAUGUCUCACAAAGACUUCGUUGAUGCUCUUGAGGCCACGAAUAUGGCGAGUCCGUUCGUCCUGGAGAAAUGCAAAACGAUCAUCGAUGGCAAGUACGCACUCGAGACGCCUCUGAGUCACGCCCAGAAAGACCUGUGGUUGGCAUUGCAGGUAGCUCGUCAGAGCGAGGUGCCUCUGUCCGUAACACCCGCAGCUAAUAGUUCGUUUGAAAACGCCCGUCGUCACGGCUACGCCGAUCACGACGCAGCGGCCGUGUACGUUAAAAUCCGUAAAUAGUCCGCGAGAGCAGGUUUUACAUCAACGGCGAUGGUUUGAUACCGUGGAAGUGCUUGGGCACCUGAUCGACAAUAUGUUUCUAUAAAUACGAGCUGACAUGCGUGGAAUCGGAUCGGAUUCACGCACGUUCGGAGCUCGGAUGAGCGCGGUGUAAUCACGAUAUGAUUAAUCAUCAUCAUG